GCCUGUUCUGUAACCAGUCUGAGGCGGGCAUCGAGUCUGGGCGAGAUUGGGCUGGUGUUCUGGGCAGGUUGACUCAGCUUUUCCUCUUGGGCUGGUCAAGUUCGGACACGUUCUGAGUGUGCAAAAAAGGAGCUAAGCCCUGACUUGUCUCCAGCUGGGGUAUUUAAACUGUGACUAUUGCCAGCUGUGUUCACUGUGGUCACAGGCGGACAGCACUCAUUCUGUAGUGAUCCAGACAGAUGUGUAAUACCAGUAUGUCUGUGUCUACUGAUGGUGCUGUAAGUACCUCACAGAUUCCAGCUUCGGAACAAGAGACCCUGGUUAGACCAAAGCCAUUGCUUAUGAAGUUGUUAAGAUCUGUUGGUGCACAAAAAGAUACUUACACUAUGAAAGAGGUUAUAUUUUAUCUUGGCCAGUAUAUAAUGAACAAAAGAUUAUAUGAUGAGAAGCAACAGCAUAUUGUGUAUUGUUCAAAUGAUCUUCUAGGGGAUUUGUUUGGAGUGCCAAGUUUCUCUGUGAAAGAACACAGGAAAAUAUAUACAAUGAUCUACAGAAACUUGGUAGUAGUCAAUAAGCAGGAACCAUCAGAUUCAGGCACUUCUGGGAGUGAAACUAGGUGUCACCUUGAAGGUGGGAGUGACCAAAAGGACUCUGUGGAAGAGCUGCAGGAAGAGAAACCUUCAUCCUCAGAUUUGGUUUCUAGACCAUCUACCUCAUCUAGAAGGAGAGCAGUCAGUGAGACAGAAGAAAACUCAGACGAAUUACCUGGUGAAUGUCAGAGGAAGCGCCACAAAUCUGAUAGUAUUUCCUUUUCCUUCGAUGAAAGCCUUGCUCUGUGUGUAAUAAGGGAGUUACGUUGUGAAAGAAGCAGUAGCAGUGAAUCGGCAGGGACUCCAUCAAAUCCGGAUCUUGAUGCUGGCGUCAGUGAACAAUCAGGUGAUUGGUUGGAUCAAGAUUCAGUUUCAGAUCGAUUCAGUGUAGAAUUUGAAGUUGAGUCUUUAAACUCAGAAGAUUAUAACCUUAGUGAAGAAGGACAAGAACUCUCAGAUGAAGAUGAUGAGGUAUAUCAAGUUACUGUGUUUGAAGCACAGCAGAGUGAUACAGAUUCAUUUGAAGACGAUCCUGAAAUUUCCUUAGCCAGAGAGAGGAGGGGGGAAAGAAAGAGGGAGAGAAACAUCGAUGUGUGGUUGCCUCUCACAUGCCCUCAAGAAGAGACCCGGCCCACAACCCAGGACUAUUGGAAGUGUACUUCAUGCAGUGAAACAAACCCUCCCCUUCCAUCACACUGCAACAGAUGCUGGGCCCUUCGUGAGAACUGGCUUCCUGAAGACAAAGGGAAGGAACAAGGAAACGUGCUUGAGAAAACUGACCUAGAAAACUCAACACAAGUAGAAGAGGGCUUUGAUGUCCCUGACUGCAAAAAAAAUACAGUGAAUGAUUCCCAAGAAUCAUGUGUUGAAGAAAAUGAUGAAAAGAUUACACAAAACUCCCAGUUUCAAGAAAGUGAGGACUUUUCUCAGCCAUCAACUUCUAGUAGCAUCAUUUAUAGCAGCCAAGAAGAUACUAAAGAGUUUGAGAAAGAAGACACACAAGACAAAGAAGAAAUUAUAGAAAAUAAUUUGCCCAGUAACGCCAUUGAACCCUGUGUGAUUUGCCAAGGCCGACCUAAAAAUGGCUGCAUUGUCCACGGCAAAACAGGACAUCUUAUGGCAUGCUUUACAUGUGCAAAGAAGCUGAAAAAAAGAAAUAAGCCAUGCCCAGUAUGUAGACAACCAAUUCAAAUGAUUGUACUAACUUAUUUCUCCUAGUUACCCUGCUUAUAAAAUUAAAAUUAUAGCCCUGGCUGGUGUGGCUCAGUGGAUUGAGCACCAGCCUGUGAACCAAAGGGUUGCUGGUUUGAUUCCCAGUCAGGGCACAUGAGAAGGGGGUGUGUGAGAAGCAACCACACACUGAUGUUUCUCUCCUCUUUCUCCUUCCCUUCCCCUCUUCCUAAUAAUUAAUAAAUAAAGUAUUUUUAGACAAAUUA